AUGGCUACGCGCUAUCCAUCCCACCUCGAUCGACACCCUGUCAACGCUGCGAAUGAGGGCUAUUUAUCGUCGCCAUCGGUUGACCGGCGCCGCCCAUCCUCGUUUAAACCCCCAGACGUCCUUGAAACUAUUCACUCGAAAGCACUCGAGAUUAUCCCAAAACCGCCGAAAGCUGGCUCUAGCCCUAUCUUUCGAAUAACCGGUAUUCCUUUGAGCGUUACUCAGGAGGAGUUAAUGGAUAUCCUCAUGGACGAGUUCGACACCGAGAAUGGCAUCCUACCCAAUGCAAGCAGGCUUGGGAGCUGCUCGUCAUGUUACGGUGAUCGAACGCAAACCGCACUGCUUGAGUUCACUCCCAGAGCACCUUCUAUACUACUCGACUACCUUAAAGAUAAAUCAAAUAAGGGAUAUAUGAUCUCUCACCCUAGCGGCGAAGACAUCACUAUUGAUCAGGAUUUCUAUGGGCUGACACAGCUAUAUCCCACUAGUGGGCCAAUUAAAGCCGAUAUCGUCGCAGUGUGUGGUCUGGAUGGACACGCAUACGGUUCCUGGUCUGGGAAAGAAGAUAACCGCGGAAUCAAGCGAAUGUGGCUAAGGGAUUUCCUACGUGACGAUCUUCCUUCCUGCAGGACAAUGAUAUAUGGCUACGAUUCUCGGCUCAAGGGGGCCUACGGACUACGCGAGGUACCAAAUUACACGGAUAUGUUCCUAGAGGAACUCAAGAAAGCUCGACGAACGCGCGAGGAGAAAAAUCGACCGAUUGUGUUCAUUGGCCAUAGUUUUGGGGGAAUACUUAUCGCUGAGGCGGUCGUUAAAGCGAAGGUGAACGUCGAUAAAUAUGAGUCAUUAUUUGAGAAUACCAAAGCCACCAUAUUCUAUGCAACACCACAUCGAGAACUGGUCGUGGAUGAUAUCAUAAGCAUGACCGGGGAUGAUUCUGCACGGGAAGAUCUAGUGAAAUCUUUAAGACAUAGAUCGGAGGGAGACCUACACAAGUUCAAAGAUUGCACAUCACCUUAUGGACUGAAAAUCAUAAGUUAUAAGGAAAUCGAACCGACUCAGAAGUUAAUCAAGGAUGAGAAUGGUGAAUGGGCCAGGAAAGGUGGCUUCUUUAACGAAGUAGCGGAAGAAUCCGCUGUCCUUCACCUUCCCGCCUCCAUUGAAGACAGGCUAGCAGUUGAUGGGGACCAUUCCACACUGGUAAAAUUUCAAUACAAGGCUCAACUAUCGUACACCAGCGUUCUCAGGCAGGUUGAAGGAUGUACGAACGAUACUGGGGUGAGUCGAUAUGUUACUGCAGAGAGCGCCAUAAAGAAUGGAACUUAUCACGAUCUAGCGCGUGUUCUCGAAAGUGGAACUAUGGAUGUUAACGUCCCUUUGAAACACUUGCAAAAUUCCCCGACACUACUUCAUAUUGCCACUUCCACAAACGAUGUUAGAAAAGUAGACCUGCUUCUCGAAAAAGGGGCAAACAUCGAAGCUCGCGAUUGUGAUGGUUCUACCGCACUUCACGAAGCAAUCGCAUCCAAGAACAUCAAGAUAGUUGAGUUGCUACUACAGAGCGGCGCUCCAAAUCCCUCCCAAGAAUACUGUCCAAACCAUGACCCGAGGUAUCAUUUGCCACUGCUUCAUUUUGCGUGUGCGGAGGGUAAUUGCGAGAUUGUGGAAAUUUUUUUGAAGAGUGGGGACGCAAGUCUGGAAGUUUGUGCGGGAUAUCAGAGCUAUCAUCCUGUGCACUUUGCAGCGAUGAACAAGGACGCCUCGGUACUAGAGAUGUUGAUUGUGAAAAAGAAGGUGUCUACGGAGGUAGAGGAUCGUGAAGGAAGGACACCGCUUCAUUUGGCGACCGCAAGUGGAUUAGAGAGGAACAUCAGAUCACUCCUCCUCCAUGGUGCUAAUAUCGAAGCUACGGAUCAGUCUGACUCUUCUCCAUUACAGGUCGCGAUCGAGAGUGGGAAUGAAGUAGUGAUGGAUGUCCUCCUGGACAAUCACGCAGAUAUCACAGAUGGGCGCGGCUAUGAUAAGAAUACGGCCCUACAUCUUGCGUGUAUGGGAUUGAAUGAGAAACUAGUAAAGAGGCUUCUUGACCGUAAGGCAGAGAUCGAAGUAAGGAAUUCAUCUGGCAUGACUCCAUUGCUAUAUGCCGCCAAACGUGGCUCAAAAUCGAUCAUUGAACUACUAGUACGCAACAAAGCAGACGUAACUGCGGUAGAUUAUAACGGUCGAACUCUCUUACACAUGGCGGCGGAAAACAUGAACGAAGACUUGGUAGAAUUGAUUCUGAGCUAUGGGGCUGAUAUCGAGGCCCUAGACCAUAAUAACUACACUCCACUACUCGCCGUGGCGCAAUAUCGUAAUGGACCAGCGGCUGGAAGCCUUUUGAGAAAUGGAGCUUCUACCGACCGAAAAGACUUCGAAGGGAACACAACACCACUGCAUUAUGCUAUUACGGGGGGCUCUUAUGAGAUUGUCAAGCACCUUCUCGACCACAAAGCCAAUGUUCAAGCAAGAGAUGAAAUGCAGGAAACGCCACUGCACAUUGCGGUAAGUUAUGGGAACGAAAAAAUAGUUAAAUUACUUCUGGAACACAAGGCGGAUAAAAAGGCUAGAAACCUUCAUCUAGCGCAGCCGAUAGACGCGGCACGGAAACUAAGGAAUAUAGCCUGCAUCAAGCUACUCGAAGAAGGGUCAUAG